CUUUACUAACAGAGGCAGGGAGAGAGAGAGAGCAACUCCCCUCCCACAGCCACAUCGUGCAGCUCUUCUGCCCAGUGGAGAGAUAGGAUUAGGCAAGGAGGCGGGACAGUGAGUCACAAGAGGGGAGGGUGCGGCAAAAGUUUCUUUUAGUGAAGAUACUAGUGUACGAGUGACGCAGCAGCUUAAUAUCUAGCACUUGUCCUGGUCCCUGCAUACAUGAGACUUGUACCUCACCAGCAGACUGGAACUUGAACCUGACGAAUUUACCUCAGGCUCUGCAGCACAACACACACCUGCUGCUGUACUCAUUGUGUGCAAGUGGUUUUUACAGGUGAAAAAUAAGGAUAUUAAAGAAAGGGUGAACAAGCUUCAGUUUGUGACGGGCUUAUUCUCUGGGGAGAUUCUUUGUUUGGUGUGUGAGAAGGCACUCUUGGGCAAGGAGUCCCUGCAUUGCUCUAGCAUCUAGAGGAAAACCUGCUUGAAAAUUCUGUCUAGUCAAGAUAUACCCUGAUCAUUACGCUACUGUGCGCCAUCUCCGUACAUCAUCAACAUGUGAAAAAUAAGGAUAUUAAAGAAAGGGUGAACAAGCUUCAGUUUGUGACGGGCUUAUUCUCUGGGGAGAUUCUUUGUUUGGUGUGUGAGAAGGCACUCUUGGGCAAGGAGUCCCUGCAUUGCUCUAGCAUCUAGAGGAAAACCUGCUUGAAAAUUCUGUCUAGUCAAGAUAUACCCUGAUCAUUACGCUACUGUGCGCCAUCUCCGUACAUCAUCAACAUUAACAUAUCGUCUCACCAUGCCAAAAUGCAUAGUGUCUGACUGUCUGCACAGAACGGGACAAAAAGAAAAAUAUCCCCAUGUCAUUCUUCAUCCUUUCCCUGGAAAUCUUGAAAUUAUCAAAAAAUGGUUAUUGCAGAUUGGCGACGAUUAUGUUGACAUUGAUGCACUUGCUGUCAAAAUUUUAGAAGGCAAAAAAUAUGAUAAUUACCGGAUUUGCUCUAUGCACUUUGAUGAGAACCAAUAUAUUUACAAAACUCACAGUAAAUCUCUUCGAAAGGAUGCUGUUCCAACACUCUUCCCAAAAAUAUCAUCCUUAUUUAAGAUUCAAAGCAUAACAGGACCACCUCCAUGCAAAAAAAGAAGAGUAGACGACCCAGAUGAAGGACCAUCAGCUGCUACUAUUGUCCGUAUUGUAUCACAUUCAAGGACUGUUUCAACUCAGACAGAACCGGAAUAUUUUCUAAAAAGUACUGCGGUUAACACCGAUCAUACCUUCUUCAUGGAAUCCAAAUACACCCAAUGCGAACCACCAAUCCAGAAGAAGGAUAUGCAAAUCCAAACUGGAGACGAUUUUGUUCCUGCUGAAAAGUGGAUUAUUGAAAAGGAUCAUUUCUAUCCAGUUUGCUUUUCAACGCCAACCAAAGCAACCAUCUUUAAUAAUCCACUUUGUCAAUCAGAAAAUGAAAUAUUUCAAGAAAUUUCACCAGUUUAUGAAAAUAAACUAUUGGAAGACACACUGGAGACAACAUAUCCAACUAUUGAAGAUCUGAAAGACACCACCUUUAACCCACAAGAUUGCACAUCUUUGGAGAUGUCGGACGUAAUGGAUUCAUCAGUCAAUGAGGUUCUGCCUGUUUCAGAUUCAGAUUUUGUGCGAGAGAGAAAAUUUAUCGUUUUUGAAACACAGUUAGAUUUGUUACUUAAACUAAUACCAUGUCAGUUUAAUGAUGGCCAAAUGUGUCCGGCCCCAAUUUCCAAAAUACACAAAACUGUAGAAGGAUCGAUGGUCACUGUAAAUUUAACUUGUCGAAAGCUCCACAAUUCACUUAUCUGGAAAUCACAACCAACCAUAUCAAAUAUGCCUGUUGGCAAUAUUCUAAUGUCCUCUUCUAUUCUUUUAAGUGGCUCCUCAUUUCAGAAAGUAAAGGAAAUGUUUGAUCUUUUUGGUAUAGCUGCCAUUUCGAAAACCACAUUUUACAAAAAUCAAAACCACAUUCUGUUCCCUGCAAUUGAUAAUUACUGGAAAAAGGAACAGCAGAAUAUAUUUACAGAGAUCGGUGAUGAGGCAGUUGUAGUUGCUGGGGAUGGGCAAUUCGAUAGCCCAGGACAUUCUGCUAAAUAUUGCAUAUAUUCAUUCAUGGAUAUCCUUUCAGAUAAAAUUGUUGAUUUCAAAUGCGUUCAAGUUGAACCUGGAAAAACAUCAUCAUCACUAGAAGUGGAGGCUUUUACAGAUUGUAUGGAAAAUCUUUUAACAAACAAGGUCCAAGUUAAAAUAGUGGCAACAGAUAGGCACAGUUCUGUUAAAAGGGUAAUGUCCAAAAAGUACUCAAAAAUUGAACAUCAGUUUGAUAUUUGGCACCUAUGUAAAAGUGUAUCAAAAAAGUUGAAAGCAACAAGUAAGCUGAGAAAUUGCAAAGACCUAGUUCCAUGGAUAACAUCUAUUCAAAAUCAUCUAUGGUGGUGUGCACAGACCUGUAUGCAAAAUGCAGAUUUGCUAAUUGAAAAAUGGCAAUCUGUGAUGUUUCAUGUAGCAGAUGUACACAAAUUCCCAAGUUUUAAAAAAUACAAAAAAUGCAUGCAUGGGAGGAUCUCACAGGAACAGCGAAAUGGAACAAACUGGAUUAUGCCAAGCCAUCCUGCUCAUAGUGCACUUCAAAAAAUUGUGAAUGACAAAGCACUUCUUGCUGAUUUACGUCAAGUUACAAAGUUUUGUCAUACGGGACAAUUAGAAGUUUAUCACAGCAAAUGUUUAAAAUACCGUUCAAAGAGAUACUCAUACAGAAUGAAUUCAAUGUAUGCUCGAACCACUUUGGCGGCCCUUUCAAACAACCGCAAUGUAGGCAGAAGCCAAGCAACAGUGACCUGCCCGGAAAAAACAACAUUAACAACUGGCGAAAAAAGAUACAAACUUGUAUUCCCAAAGCAAAAAAAGGAUUGGGUGGCUAAGCCGAUUUACAAGGCCUGUGUAGAUGACCAUCUUUUUGAGAUAACCAAUGACUGUUUGAAGAUUCAAAGUGGUGCACUGAUUCACAGUUGGACAUCUCAGGCUACACAUGUUCCAAAGAGCAUUGCAUCUAAAGAACGCCCAGACAGAGAGACACUAAUACAAAGACACUUAUCCAGAUUUAAGUAAUACAAAAUUCAACUGUACUUGACAAAUUACUUUGACACAGAAAAUUCUCAGAUGCAUAAUUGAAGUAUGCCAUAUAUAUUGCAAUGUGUUCUGCAAUCUGUACUUGUAAGGAAAAAAAUAGCACAGGAACUUGUCUGAUGCUAAUUGAUUGUUCUUACCACAGUUAAUAGAAAUUUAAAUUUCUUGGAGACGCACAGUUGGAACGUUUCAGCCUAGCAAUUGUGGAUAAAAAUUUUUUUAAAGGAAAAUAUCACAUGGUAAAUUUGUUUAAGAAAUAAGUUGCCAAACUAAGACCAGAGGUGAGAAGAGUAAAUGCAUGGUAUAAGCCUGCUUCUGACGCACAGUAACUAAGGCUAUGGGCACACAGCCUGCGUAAUUGGACUGACCUCUGUCCGUACACAGGCUGUUCAGGUUCAAAUCAAUGGAUCAGGGGCACAGAGCAGAUCUGCAUCUCUAAACCUGCAAUAUUCUCAGCCCGACCACAACAGCUGAUCAUUUGCUGACAACAGCCUGUGUAGCCAUAGCCUAAAAACAUUUGGCCACAUUUCAAUGUCCAAUACAAAUACUCCAGUCAAAAUCUAAACACGAAGGAGGUCCCUUUUGUUUAGAUUAAAUUACCUUUGCUCUUUUUUGAAAUAUAGAUGUUUAAAGUCAUAUUUUUAAAAUUUUCAAGCCAAAUAUGAGGUCAAAAUGGUGCCCUUGUAAACUUUGGAUGACUGCCAAAAUGAAAUCACAUCUUUUUGUGAAUUUGCUUCAUGUUUUUUUUUUUUAUUCCCCAAUAUGGAUAGUCAUCUUAAAAUGAUUCAUUUUUGAACAGAUUUCAUUUUUAUAAAGUUAAAUUUCAUUCUGUCUAACACUACUGUUGAUUUAACACAGGAGUGUCCAAACUUUUCGGAAAGAGGGCCAGAUUUAGCGAGGGCAGACCAUUCUGUCUGACAUGGUGCUAGCUAGCUUAGGAUCAGGAUCAUUCACUCCUGAAUAUGGACGCGUUUAGGAAGUGGAGUCUGUUUGGACUUCUCUGCACCUCAUUUAGAGAAGUAAUCGCAUAGCUGCAUCAGAAAUAUUUGGGCACAUGAUUACUGAAAUAAUCGUCUAUUCUGCUGCGUGUAAGCUGAAGGUGUUUACAAUAGACAACAAUAGACAAUAAACGGCCUCUACUGCGCAUGUCACGAUCGGCGGGUUAAGGAGAACGGAGAAGGGGAAAACGGUUCUGCAGCAGCACAUGUCAAAGAAAAUCAGCCUGUGCCGGGAUGGAUACUAAGCAAAUGCAAAGGUAUUUUCAGGUUAGACAGGGUCAUCUGCCAUUGCACGGAGCUGGCUUUAGAUGUGGAGGACAAAACUAGUAAUGCAAAAAGAGGGUUGAAUUCUGGGCACGUAGAGAUGCACUGCUCUCGCAUACUUCUCUAGAUUACUGUACUGGCACGUCAGUACUUCUAUUCCACCUUUAGCCCUAAAGACGUAUGCGAGAGUGGUGUGUAACUGUGCCAUUGCAAACACCUUCAGCACACAGGCAGCAAAAUUGACCAAGUGUCAGAUCAUUUCACUAAUCAUGUGCCCAAAUAUUAUGGCUACGUGGUUGCUGAGCGCACGUUGCAGGGGGGCCACAUUAUUAAUUUCAGCCCGACCACAACAGCUGAUCAGUUGCUGACAACAGCCUGUGUAGCCAUAGCCUAAAAACAUUUGGCCACAUUUCAAUGUCCAAUACAAAUACUCCAGUCAAAAUCUAAACACGAAGGAGGUCCCUUUUGUUUAGAUUAGACAGCCCAUUAUUAAUUUCAGCCCGACCACAACAGCUGAUCAGUUGCUGACAACAGCCUGUGUAGCCAUAGCCUAAAAACAUUUGGCCACAUUUCAAUGUCCAAUACAAAUACUCCAGUCAAAAUCUAAACACGAAGGAGGUCCCUUUUGUUUAGAUUAAAUUACCUUUGCUCUUUGCUAUGAAGUACUUUUUUGAAAUAUAGAUGUUUAAAGUCAUAUUUUUAAAAUUUUCAAGCCAAAUAUGAGGUCAAAAUGGUGCCCUUGUAAACUGGUGUUAAUUUGAAAACUGGCCACAAUUGGCCCACGGGCCUGACUUUGGACAUGCCUGCUGUAACAUUAAUCAAACUUUGUUAGCAUAAAAACUAACUUGAGACUUCGUUACCGGAUACAUGAUCCAGAGUAUUUUGGGAAACAGAACUCAUACAUGUAUAUUGUUAAAUUUGCACAUUGACUGUAUGUCUGUAUAAUCAACUUUAAAUGCUGUUCAUUGAAAUGUGAAAUUCUUGUGAAUUCUUUUAAGAUGAAUUUGUUUAACAUAUGACAAUACCAAUAUUUUUGGUUAAACAAAAUAAAUUUUUAUUCAAAAAAGACAAUGCAUACAUUUA